GCUCUUGUCUUCUCUUCGUCUGGAUUCCCCCACAAGCAACCACGGAACGCAUAUCCCCCACCGCCGCCGCCGCCGUGCAUUUGGGAGAUCGCAAAGAGGCCGGGGAUCUAUAUUUUCAACCCAAUCCAACCCCUCUUCUUGCUCCUCAAGCCGCUCCUCUCCAUCUCCAUGGACCGCCGCUAGCUACCUACCUACCUCGGAGUCGGAGCAGGCAGAGGCAGGGAUUGGAAUUGGGGGAACGCCGCCGCCGGCCUGGGUCCAAUCUCAAGGAGCCCCUUGAGGUUGGAGCCAAUAACGCUCCGCCGCCGCCGCCGCUUCUCCAUUCAAGGUUCACAACUGAGGGACAACAUGGAGUUCAGUGGCGGCUAAAAGUUCACACUGACAUCAUCAAAAGUUCUAGCUUGAUUCAUUAACCAACUAACCAUUCAUGUUGAGGGCAAAGCAACUCGGCACACUAACCCAGUGUGCACGGUCCUUCUACCUUAAUGGAUCAAGAUGUACCACUGAUGGAGGAGCUUCAUGCACUUGCCCUGAAGAUGAAACUUCUGUUCCAAAAAGGCAGACGGCUAAUGUUAUUGAACAGAAGUUUCAAUCAACCCGCAGAUCCUCUGUGAAGGCUCAAACCCCAUCUGUACAGCAUGUUGUUGGGUCCAUUGGCCGGGUUACUGAUUACCCAGCUCCAGUUGUUCAUGCUGUUCCUUCCAACUCGUCACAAGAGACACAGCCAACUUCUAGCAUCAUAAGCAACCAUGCUCGGACUCCUCAGGAUAUACGAAAUAAUUAUGUACAGCCUUCUAAGCGGAAUGCCCAAAACAUCUCUCAUUCUACAAUUGCAGGAACUGGCACGUAUUCUGAAUUGGUAAACCCCAAGUCCACAUCGAAUAAUGGAAGCACCAAUCAAGCUCCACAGCUGGUUGCUAACCAUUCUUGCCAAUCCUCAUCUGAUGCCCAUCCUUCUAAUAUCAAGGCACAUAGUCAGCAUAGCUUUCCUGAGGCAAAGAUGCCUUAUACUCCUUCCAUGCAAAAUAAUCUUGGGAAGGGUGUAUCAAGAUCUGGCUAUACAAAACCAAAGCAGAAUAUUUCAGGGCCUCCUGCUGUUGUUCCUAAUUCACCGUCCCAAAUAAGGAAUCAAAGACAUUUCAGUCAGCGCCAUACAAACUAUCAUUCUAACAAUUUCAGUUCAGAUGCCAGGUGUGAUGAAGUUCAAGCUCAAAACCUGUCAGCCCGAGCUAUUUAUACUGGUUCUGGUCACAAAUCUCAGGGCCCUAUGGGAACAAUAAAGAGUCAUGGUGGAGGACCUCAGUCUAACUUAAGGUCAAUGAAGUCACUGCGUGCAGUUGAACAGUACUACCAUACACUGCAGCAAAUGAAAUGGGGUCCUAUGACGGAACACAUUCUGGAUAAUCUCCGUUGCAAGAUAGAUGCAUUCCAGGCAAAUCAAGUACUCAAGCUGCUCCAUGACCACACUAUUGCACUUGGUUUCUUCCAAUGGUUAAAGCAGCAACCAGGUUUCAAGCAUGAUGGUCAUACCUACACGACCAUGAUAGGCAUCCUUGGACAAGCCAGGCAAUUUGGUAUGAUGAGGGAACUUCUUGAUGAGAUGAACAGUGCUCAUUGCAAACCAACUGUUGUAACAUACAACAGAAUAAUACACGCAUAUGGCCGUUCAAAUUAUCUAAGGGAGGCUAUUAAAGUAUUCGAUGAGAUGCAGAAUGCUGGUUAUGAGCCUGAUCGUGUUACAUAUUGUACAUUGAUUGAUAUACAUGCUAAAGGUGGAUACCUGGAAGUUGCAAUGGACUUGUAUACCAGGAUGCAAGAAGUAGGGCUGUCACCAGAUACUUUCACAUAUAGUGCCAUGGUUAAUUGCCUUGGAAAGGGUGGUCAUUUGGCAGAUGCUUAUAAGCUUUUCUGUGAGAUGGUUCAAAAUGGCUGCACACCUAACCUAGUUACAUACAAUAUAAUGAUUGCACUUCAGGCCAAAGCAAGAAAUUACGAAAAUGUUGUGAAGCUGUACAAGGACAUGCAGGUUGCUGGGUUUCGUCCUGAUAAAAUAACAUACAGUAUUGUUAUGGAAGUUCUUGGUCAUUGUGGUCAUCUGGAUGAGGCUGAGGCCGUGUUCAUCGAGAUGAGGCAUGACUGGGCUCCUGAUGAGCCUGUAUAUGGUCUUUUGGUGGACCUCUGGGGCAAAGCUGGCAAUGUUGACAAGGCACUUGGAUGGUACCAUGCAAUGCUUCAGGAUGGUUUACAGCCCAAUGUGCCGACCUGCAAUUCCCUCUUGAGUGCAUUUCUUAAGAUAAACAGGUUUCAAGAUGCCUACAGCGUGCUCCAAAACAUGCUUAAUCAGGGACUCGUUCCAUCUUUGCAGACCUACACCUUGCUGCUCAGUUGUUGUACUGAGGCUCAAGCACAGAUGGGUUUAUGCUGCCAGCUCAUGGCCAUCACUGGACACCCUGCCCACAUGUUCCUGUUUUAUUUGCCUGACGCAGAACCUGGUGGCCAGAAUGUGAAGGAUCACACCAGGUAUUUCUUGGACAUGAUGCACAGUGAGGACAGAGAGAGUAAGAGGGGCCUAAUGGAUGCUGUCAUAGACUUCCUACACAAGUCCGGCCUCAAGGAGGAGGCUGGCUUCAUAUGGGAGGUUGCUGCCCAGAAGAAUGUGUACCCGGAUUCUUUGAGGGAGAAGGACUCUUCAUAUUGGCUUAUCAACUUACACUUGAUGUCGGAGGGCACUGCAGUGACUGCGCUGUCGAGGACACUUGCUUGGUUCCACAGGCAGAUUGUGACAGUAGGCAUAUGCCCUGAAAGAAUCGACAUUGUCACUGGCUGGGGAAGGAGGAGCAGGGUAACUGGAUCUUCCUUGGUUAGACAGUCAGUUCAGAAGCUACUGCAUCUCUUCGAGUUCCCGUUCGUCACCACGCGCGGCAACACUGGAUGCUUUGUUGGAUGUGGGGAGCCACUGAAUAGGUGGCUGCACAAUCCUUAUGUUGAGCGCAUGCAUUUGCUCUAGGCUCUAGUCUAGUUAUUAGUGAGUGGUUAUUCCAGUCAGAAAUAAGGGGUUUAAUCCAAACAGGUGCAGUUUUGUGGAUGAAGGAAGAAGAUAUGGUGCAUCUGUCUAUAUUGGUCUGUCUGUAGUCAAGUGUAGUGGCAGUCUUCGAUUUCUUAUGCUUUGAAACCUCUUAUUGUGAUAACAUUUAGAGAUGGCAUUGGCGCAUUUAACGCGAGAUAAUCUUAUCGUAAUUAGCCAGUUAAAAUAUUUCGUGUUCCA